GGCACUCCAAACCCAAAGUGUGAAUUUGCAUCAGGGUUGGUUGUUGGCGUCUACCAAAGACUCUUCCUUUUUAUCGUGCGCUAACUGUUCGGCUGUCCCUCUCUCUCUCGCUCUCUCUGUCUCUCUCUCUCGCUCGUUCGCUCUCAGUCUGUCUCACUCGCUCACUCUUGUUUGGCGGAAGGUACCCUACCAUCUCCACCGUCCCCAAAGCUCUGUCUCUCCCAAACCAAUAUAGCAUUCCCACAAAAGGAAUGGCCUUGCAGAAUGCAAUUUCUCGACCCACUCCUAGUGCCCAACUUGUUGGAAAUGCUUUCAUUGAGCAGUAUUACCAUAUUCUUCAUAAUAACCCAGGCCUGGUCCAUCGGUUUUAUCAGGAUUCAAGUAUACUAAGCCGGCCUGAUUCCAAUGGUGUGAUGACAUCAGUGACCACUAUGCAAGGAAUCAAUGAGAAGAUCCUUUCCUUAAAUUACAACAAAUAUAAGGCUGAGAUAAAGACUGCUGAUGCUCAGAAGUCUUAUGAAGAUGGGGUGACUGUGUUAGUUACUGGAUGUUUAACAGGCAAGGAUAACUUGAAAAGGAAAUUCGCCCAAUCAUUUUUUCUUGCCCCUCAAGACAAUGGGUUCUUUGUAUUGAAUGAUGUCUUUAGAUUUGUGGAAGAUGGAGAUCUUUUAGAAAACCAUUCAGUUAAUGAAGUUAAUGAUGCUGCAACAAUCCUCUCAAGCCAGGAUCCAGAGCCAACUCAUGUUCCUGAUCCUCCUGCACCUGAUCUGGAAACUACUCAAGUUGAAGAGAAUCCAAUUAUUGUUGAGAAAACUUAUGACACAUCAGACCAUGAGAGACAAUACACUACAGAAUCUGACAUAGAACCCCCGUCUUAUUCAAAUGGGAACGAUGUCACUGUGGCAGUUGAGCUGGCUUCUACGACAGCCCAAGAGGAUAGUUCGAAGAAGUCGUAUGCAUCAAUUGUUAAAGUUCCUAAAGGGAGUCCGGGACCAAGUAAGGUUUAUGUGCCUACUAAUACUGUAAGAGUGGCUUCUAAGAAAGCGGAAACUAAUUUGCCUGGGCCAACUGCACCUGCUUCUGUGCCUGAAGAAUCAGCCCCAACUAGCACUAGUGCCUUAGAGAGUAGUGAUACUAAUGAGGAAGUUGAGGGCUAUUCUAUUUACAUAAGGAAUUUGCCCUUAAACGUGACGACUGAUCAGCUUCAGGAAGAAUUCAAGAAAUUUGGACCAAUAAAGCAAGGAGGCGUCCAAGUCCGAAAUAAGAAACUCCAGGGCCACUGUUUUGGAUUUGUUGAGUUCGAGUCUUCAAGUUCCAUGAAUAGUGCCAUUCAGGCUUCACCAAUCACUAUUGGUGGCCGUCAAGCUGUCAUUGAGAUAAAGAGAACUACCACUCGAGUUGGUAGCAGUGAAAGAGGUAGAUUUCCUCCUGCUGGAAGGGGUGGGUUCCGAAAUGACAGCUUUAGAGGCCGUGGGAACUAUGGCGGUGGCCGGAGCUUUGGCAGAAACGAAUAUGUGAGAAGGGGCGAAUUCUCAGGCCGAGGCAGGGGUGGACCAGCCGGACGCAGUGGAUAUGGUUAUCAGGCACGAGGGAGGGGCGGACACUCAAGUGAAGCAAACCAGAAUGCUGUUUAACAUGCAUCGGGAAUUUUUUGCGGGAAUAUUUCAACAAGAUUGGUUUCGUGAUUGGCCCGCUCGGAAGUGUUGAUGGUAAGUAGUUUAAUCAUAAUCUAAUGAGUGAAAAGCUAAGACUGACAUUGUGGUAAUGAGAUGAAGAGGCAUUUUGCUGUAGGUUUAGGAUUAUUUUUACCAGAAACUUGAGGUCUUCUCGUUUUACCAGAAGCUUUUGAGAUUCCUGUGAUGGGGUUUGCUUAGUUUUAGUGCUGCUUUUUUAAUUAAUUAUUUUUCCAGCAUAGUUGUAGUGUCUAGUGGCUGUAACCAGAAGACCUUAAGAGUUAAAUAGAUGAGAUUUUUUUUUGGUAU